AUGGAGCGUGCUGCAUUGGCUCUGCAGUGCGUCCAGCCCUCGCCCCGAGCAGCGCGUAAAAGCGAGUGGCUACGGAGCGCACUGGCCCAUCACCACUGCCCUGAUCCCUGUGUAGAGAACGAAAUCGUAGUGUUGGCCACUGGAAUAGAUCAAUACCUGCAGGAGGUCUUCCACCACCUUGCUUACACCAACCGGGACGAUACGGUGUCUGCGGAGGAUUUCACCUCACUCUGCGCAGUGCUGGGGCUCACUGGAGCUGAGAAAGGAAAGACGAAAGGACAGAAAGGAGUAACUGGAGAUGCAGAAAAAGAGGAAGAAGACGAAGAGUUUAAAGAUGUUUGUUCUGGGCUGCCCAGCCAGCUGUCCUUUAAAGACUUUCACUCGCGCCUCUGUGGGUAUUUCCGUGUGCGCAGUGUGCGCAGAGGCACCGGGGAGUGUGCCUGGCGUCUGCCCGUGACUGAGGACACAGAGCUGGUGGAGAGACAGAUCCGGCUCCGGUGGCCGCGCGUCAGGCGGAGAAAAUGUGUCAGUUUUGAUCUGACGAGAGAUCAGAGUGGACCAGCACACAGACCUAGUAAAGGUCGAACCACAGAAGACCUAAAGGAAUCUCUUUCUUCUCCAGAGGAGGUAGCAGCUCUGAGGGAGUUGGUGGAGGACCUCCGCUCAGCACUGCAGGGGAGCGAUGCUCGCUGCCUGGCGCUGGAGGUGGCCCUCCGACGCGAGAGGAGCCGCACCCUCCCCUCUGCCUCCAGCUUUAAGUCUACCGUUUCGUCUCCUUCAACUUCCAUCACCCUCAUACAGGGAAAACUGGUGCCAACACUCAGAAUUAAAGGACAGUCUAGUGCUGGAGGUGACAGGGAGAGGAGGUCAUUGAGGAGACGGGACAUGAGAGACCCCCUCUUAAGGGAGUUGAAGCUGAUCCGCUCCUCACGCGAUGGGCAGCUGGAGGAGGCCAUCAAAUUUAAUGAGCGUCUGGAGGAGGAGGUGCGAUGGGCGUACCAGGAAGUGCGCAAGCUGCAUGGGGUGGAGGGUGCACUGAGGAAGGAGAACGCUCAAAUCAGGAGGCGAGCGGAGGAGGCCAGGGAGGCUCUGAGCUUGGGGCUUGAGAGGGUUCGGAUGAUCCAGGAACAGGCCCAGUCUGUGCCGCAGCUCCAGUCCAGGAUCACACAGCUGGAGACUGAGCUGCAGCAGUACAGGUACGAACAAUGUGUGUGUCUUGCACAAUACAUUGUCAGCAAAAGCAAAAAGAUUGGUCUGUUUGCAGAUGCAGAGGGUCUGCAGAGAGCAGUGGAGGGGAGAGCUGCUUCCGAUGAAGAGGAGGAGGACAGGGGGGGCAGCGACGAAGGACAGUGCUGCCUGAUGGAGGUGAAGAAGCAGAUCAGCCGACUGCAUAGCUGCGGGAAAGGCUGUCAGAAACAUGUGGUCCACCAGCUGCUAUCUCAGAGCCACCUGCAUGACAAAAACCACACUUCUAAAGACAGCAGGGGGCGCUGCACCUGGAAGGAACCAAACCAACAGCAUCCAGAAGGCUGCAGAAACUGUGAAGAGGAGAAGAGAACAGAGGAAGAGGAGGACAAAACGAGGCUGGAGGAGACAGAAAAAACCCAUCUGUCUUUGCUGGAGGAAAAACUCAAAGAUACUCUGACUCUGCUGCUGCAGCUACGUAACAAGAACGUGUCCCGCAGGGCGCUGGGGAAGAUUGUGAUGGACACUCUGGAUGUGUGCAGUAGGACUGGAGAUGCUUCGUCCCAAGUCCUGCAGGUAGCCGACACCCUGUGCAUGCGCUUAUCCUCCAGUGAUCUCCUAGGAGACGGAGAGGAUGACGGAGGAGGAAAUCUCCUGGUUCCGCCUUCAGGGUGUCAGUCCAGCGGUGUCAACUCUCUGCUCAUCUCCUGUUAACUAAGCUGCUAGUGUGGUACUUACAGUAUCCUACAAUGGUACAGGACAAGUGCUGAAGUGCUCUUCUCUCUGUUUCUCCAUUUAUCUCUUUAGCUAUGUUUGCACCUAUAGAAGUUUCACAGUUGUGUAUCCCAGAUUUUAAA